AUGCCGGCAGUUCAUGACCUUUGCGCACGAAUUCAGAACGGAUUCCGAGCACAAUUAAGAUCGAUAUCUGUACCAGACAAAAAAAUGAACCUUGCCAUAUGUAACGCACUUUAUCGUGAAGGCUUUAUAUCCUCGGUCACUCGGGGUGAUCACCGCGGACCGGAUAAAGAGUUCGUGCCAAACACACCAGAGAAUAUCGCUACGCGUCGACUAUGGCUUGAAUUGAAAUACAGACAGAAUGAGCCGGUCUUGAAGAACAUGAGUUGCGUUAGUAAAGGAUCGAGGCGUGUUUAUAUGAAUGUGGAAGAAUUGCAGAGGUUUUUGGCUGGACAACGAGUGGAUUUCGUGAGUGGCUUGAAGAUUGGAGAAGUCGCUAUUAUCAGCACUACGCUUGGCGUCAUAAGUGUUCAUGAGGCGAUAGCCUUGUAUGCUCACUUUGCUUGGCCUGGGUUAUUAAAAUCACCAGAAUUAAUGGAGCGUCCUGAUCGGCUUUUUGUUCCGUCUAAAGGUAAAUUUUCUGAAGAGGCAACAAAUAAGCCUGAAUCGCCGUCCGUUGCAUUCGAGAAAGUGUUUGAAAAGCUAUUUGGCGAUUCUUCUUCAAUCUUGCGUAAACUUGAACCCGACAGCACACCUGGAGAGAACCAUUCUGAAAUUACAUCUGACAAAGUCAACGAAAUUCAGGAAGAUGAGUUUGUUAGGCAAGAAAUCGCAAAGGGAGUAGACUUGCAGGAGUAUGCGUGGAACGUUGAAAAUGAAUUAAAUGCUAUAGACAAAGAGCAUGAAAUAGAUUACAUCAAUCAAACGAGGAAUUUUGUAGAAAUGCACAACCAGAUUCAGUCAUGUGAUAAAAUCCUGGCUACUAUGGAAGACAUGUUGACUGUAUUUCAGGCAGAUUUGGGAAACAUUAGUUCAGAGAUUCAAACACUCCAAGACAAAUCAAUGAUCAUGAAUAUCAAAUUGAAAAAUAGAAUGGCUGUGGAGGAACGACUGAAUACUGUUUUGGAUGGAAUCGUUAUAUCCCCGUCUAUGAUAAAAAAAAUUACUGAAGGGAAUAUAGAUGAAGUGUGGCUCGCUUAUUUAAUAGAAAUGAACAAGAAAAUGACUUACGUAGAAACUCAUCGGGGCGAGAAUGUCACAGCACUAAAAGAUAUUGAACCUGAACUUGAGAAAUUGAGGCUAAAGGCGUCAGAGAAGAUACGAGAAUUUCUGCUUAUGAAGAUAAAAUCCCUCCGCAUACCGAAUACCAACAUCCAAAUUCUUCAACAAUCGGUCCUUCUUAAAUAUAAGCAACUUCACCAGUUUCUUAUGGAAAGAUACGCUGAAGUAGCGUUUGAAAUAAGGCAGACUUAUGUGAAUACCAUGAGAUGGUAUUUCUCCAAUCAUUUUGAGAGAUACAAUAAAGGGCUGCAAAGACUACAAAACUCUAUUGCAGGCAAAGGCGAUUUAAUCGGUUACGAUGAGAGCUUAAAAAAGGGUGGAUUAUUUGGAACCAGCAAGAUUGCCCUGAAAGACAAAGUGAACACUUUUUCCUUGGGCGAUCGAAUAAAUACUCUCCGAAACACUGACGCAGGAGUUAUACUUGUGCAUGUCGCUGAAACCUCAAGCCAGAAAUAUUCAUAUGAAGCUCUUUUCAGAAGCUUCAAUUUGAUAUUUAUCGAUAACGCCAGUUCCGAGUAUCUGUUUAUCGUCGAAUUCUUUGCCAAGGAUGACAAGCCAGCAAUAGAUGUUGCACGCGAAGUAUUUGCAGAGAUAUUUGAUCCUACGAUAAAAAUGGGUCUUGCUGCUACAAAACACUAUAUUGAGAACAGUUAUGAUGCCGUUGGCAUUUUGCUGUGCAUUCGGUUGAACAUGCAGUUUGCGCUUGAAUUGCAAAGAAGAAGAGUGCCUGCCCUGGAGGGUUACAUUAAUCAAACAAAUAUGUUGCUAUGGCCGCGGUUCCAGUCCAUUAUAGAUUUGCAUAUUGAAAGUAUUAAGAAAGCAGGCAAUAAGCUUGUGGUAAAAGAUACCCAUCCGCACUUUGUGACUCGUCGUUAUGCUGAAUUUGCAGCAUCAAUAUUAAAGCUUAAUGAGGAUGCCAACGACCCUAUACUGACAAACAGUCUGCUUCGAGUACGUAAUGAGGUUGAAUUACUACUUAAUAAGAUGUCAACCGAGUUUUCUGAUCACAAGAGCCGUUACAUAUUUUUAAUAAACAAUUAUGAUCUGGUUAUAACUAUCCUCAAUGAGAAUGGAGGGAAAGCAGUGGAAGCGGAAAUUAACCAUUUUCAACAGUUAUUGAGCUCUAAAAUUUCUGGAUUUGUCGAGGAGGAGUUGGAGCCAUACUUUGGUGGCUUGAUUUCAUUUGUUAAGCAGGUCGAGCAAGCAGAGGAUAUCAAUUCUUUACCAUCAGCACCACCGUCAAAUGGGAACGGCGGUGCUCCAAUUCUCACAAGACUAAGGAAUGACAAUUGGUACAAUAUACUUUGGCAGGGUUCUCAUCAUCUGUUCAAUAAAAUGGAAGUGCUCGAAUCGCAAAGAGAACGGCUCCGGUGCGAGGGCGUAGGAGUAUCAUAA